AGGCCAGGACGACUACAAAAAAGCGCCCGGCGAGACGCUGUGGAGACGGCGCCUGAGCACGCCCAAUGGGGUGAGCCUUAAGAAGAUAGACAGGCUAGCUACCUGUCUCCUCUAUUAGUAAAGUAAAAGUAACCAAUGGGAACCCGGAAGACCAAGACGACCCGGAAGAAUACUCGUCUUUCGGUUCCUCCAAAAGUUUCUGCAUCCGGAACACCGACAUCUGCAUGGCGUGUCCCAACCUCCUUCGCCGUUUGAACUCUUCUCUGAGCCAGACUCUCUGCCUGGCAAUGAAGGUGCAGCAGCCGGUCAGCCAGCAACGCUGUCCUAUGGCCACACUCAACCAGAUGCACCGCCGUGGCCGCCCCAAAUGGCCCGAAGCGGGCCCCAGCCCCAUGAACAGGUGUCCCCAGCUCAAGGCUGUGGUGCUAAAGACGAUGAUCCGGAAGCCCAAGAAGCCCAACUCUGCCAACCGCAAGUGCUGCCGCGUGCGCCUGAGCACUGGCCAGGAGGCCAUCUGCUUCAUCCCCGGCGAGGGCCACAACCUCCAGGAGCACAACGUGGUCUUGGUGGAGGGAGGCCGAACCCAGGACCUGCCCGGCAUCAAGCUCAAAGUGGUGCGCGGCAAGCAUGACUGCAGUCACGUACAGAAGAAGAAGUGAUGGGGAUGGAAUGGGACAAAUGUAUAUAGACAUGGCGGGAGGUGUUGGGGUACAAAUGGGUGAAUAAGAACUACCAUAAAUGACCCAUUAUGUCUGUAGUUUCUUCUAGUUUCCAAAGCCCUCUCAGCCACCUGAGCCUCCCAGUUGUCCUGAGAUAGGUUAGGCAGGUAUUGCCCCCAUUUUAUAGGUAGAAAACCCCGAGACCCAAAUAAAGAAGGCUGGGUAGGGUUUCCAGUUGGCCUUCACAGGGCACCGGGACAUGCUGCCUCAUAAAAGAGGGAAGCAAUAAGCCCAGCUUAGGGAGUCCUGCCCCAUCCAGGGAAGUAAGAGUCCGUUAAAUGGGACAUAAACCUUGGAGGGUGGCAAAGACUGCUGGCAGCCUGGGCUCCCCACAAGCCACAGUGUGGGGAGACUGGGUUUCUGAGGCUGCCCAAGGCCAAAAGAGGGCUUGGGCUGGAAAAGUUGGGAGUUGGCCAAAGAUUUAACCUGGGUCUUAAAAUAUGAACCGGAGGAGAUUAGCCAGGCUUCUGCUAUGUCUAGGAGGGAUGAGCCCUGAAAGGCCACAUCUUUUGGGCCAAUGGUUAUCAAAGUAGCCUGAGCAUGAGGAGGACCUGCUGUGGCAUGACCCCAAAGGGUGUAGGAUUAGCCAGUGCAAGAGUGGAGGCAGGUCCUGUUCCAUCCCCCUUAUCGGUUUAUCAUCUACCCCCACAAGGCUGCCCCAUCUGCACUGGCAUGUGUGCUUCCCUCCCCCACCCUCCCAUCAGCUGAUAUCUGGGGCAGGUCUGGUCCCAACAGGAUGGUCAUAUAAGAGCGGAAAAUGGGAAUUAUUAAGGUUGGACUAGAUAUUUAAGGUUUGGUCGCCAGAAAUUGAUUAACUUGAUUUCGAAA